AUGUCCAACCGCUGCCGUCCUCAUCCUUCUUCUCUCACAUGUUGCCAUCUGUUGUUGAUUGUUCUGAUCUUCACUUCAUGCGUGAACGCUUCUGUGGAUUCGUAUCGGGUUCGUCUCGUCGAUUCCAAUCCCUCUCUCCAACGAUACCUCUUCCGAGGGAACACUCCAGUGUCUGGCGGUUCUACCUUUGAUUUCACUCUCCUUCAAAGCACUCUUUCACAAGUCGCUCAACAACACUACAAUACGACUCUUCCUGCCCAAUAUUAUUUAGUGGAUAUUUCGUUUUUAUUUGAGACGCAACAAGAUUUGAAAGUAGAGAAACAAUUCUUUCAGCAAAAUCCACACCUGGGUGGCCUUGCACAUUGGACCAUAUUGGGUGCGUUGGUGAAUGCCACAGAUUUACCCGAUUGGCUUCGGAAGGAAUUGGCAUUGAAUGAAGCAAAAUGGGACGUGGAAGAUCAAUUAUUGAGUCGUGUGCCACAAUUACAUGCAUGGGUGUGGGAGAAGGAGAGUAUUCAUUCGAAUCAUCAUCAUCAUGAUGAUAAUUUAUUUAAAUAUUAUGUGGAUGGAACUCCAAUUGUUUUUUACAUGCAUUGUGAAGCUGGAAUGGAUCGUACAGGAGAGGUUUCUGGAGCUUAUUAUUUGAAAUAUUUCAAAUGGACCUUUUUACAAACCUUGAAUUAUGAUUACAAUAUUGAGGAGAAGCCAAGACCAAUUGGAUGGGCAAAUCAAAAUGCAUUGAAUUGGUUUUGUUGGCAUUUGUUUUAUACAGAGGGUUAUCCUUUGGAUUGUGGCAAGUCAUUGCCUCGAUUAAAGCCCAUGGGUGUGUAA